CCUCGUCCCGCAACAUCGCGCUCAUGCAAUUUAUCAGCGACGAGACAGAAAGAGACAGCAGCUCGCCCAUCCACAGAGCCCCACGCACGCCAAGGUCUGGCAAGCAGCAGCCUGCUACACCGCGGAGAAGUGCGCAGCAGGAAGCAACAACCCCUCAGAAGCAACACACAACGCCACACCGACAACCGCAGCUUUGCAAACAAACAUCACCGCACAGUGUCACUCCUGGAUCGACGGGAUUCAACCACACUAGGCAGGCUGUGCCGCACAUCGCAAACAGCGCUUCGAGAGUUUGACGACGACAACGACGGCAUGGACGACGGCUGGGAUGAUCUGGAUGAUAUUGUGCUGGACUCGCAGACUAUGCGCCAGGUGGAGGAAUCAGAGGAGCAGUUUUAUGCGACGCAGCAGUUUGACAUGCCUGGCCGCGAGUCGCUGUCGCAGGAAUUUACCGACAGGGCGCCGCUCCAAAGCAGUCGGUACGGAAACGGCCCAGUGUCGGCUGACCUCGAGUCGCGGAAUGCACGCAUGGUACCUGCACACGCCGCCCGGUCAGCACCAACCACACCAACAACAGCGAAUCCAAGGCGCUGCUGUGGCUACUGCUUUUUCGACCAAUGCAGGGCUGCUGUCGUCGGCCGGAGCCAGGAAAGGUGCGCCUGGCUACGGCCAGCCGGGCAGUAGCACAUCAAACACCCGCACAUCCCCCACCUUUGUGGCCACUCAGCAGUCUCAGCAACCAGGAUACCAACAGGAGUCCGAUCUUGUAUCGAGCACACAGCUGCCGCAGCAUAUGAAGAGCAAAGUCAACCUGUACUCGCGACUGGCACAGCACAUCCCAGCGCACCCGAGUUUGCCGAUUUCGAGUCAGCAUCCACCGCAGCCACGCCUGUCGACAGGGAAUAAUCACCAGAGACCGUGGCAGCGGCCGCCCCCGCUACGAUCCAGUGCACAUCACUCACAGCCGUCGGCUGUUGCAGCUGGUGACAGCCAGGCAGAGGAUGGACCCAGAGAUGGUGCGGAUAAUGGAGGAUCUUGAGCGGCUGCGUGAAGAGAAUCGUCGGAAUACAAGCCGAAGCAGAGCAGCUGAAAUCGCAGCUGUACACCAAAGAAGGCGAGGUCAAGAUCGUACGCGAGAAUCUGGCGCGGACAGAAGGUCGAAAACACGCAUCUGCAGGAGCAGCU